CGGCAGACAACACGACCAGCAGACAUGGACUUCAGUGGAACCUGGAAAGUUUAUUCUGAGGAAAACCUCGAUGAGUUUCUGAAAGCUGUGGGUGCACCUGAGAUGGUUAUCAAGAUGCGGAAGGAUGUGAAGCCCGUGAUGGUGAUAGAGCAGAACGGUAAAGACAUCACCUGCACGAUGAAGACUCCGAUUGUCACGCGAGUCCACACCUUCACCGUCGGGAAGGAGUCUGAAAUUCUCUCUCUGCAGGGCAACAAAAUAAAGUGCACUGUCAGAGAGGAAGAUGGGAAGCUGAUUUAUGAGACUGACAAGUUCAGGUCCGUCCGGGAGAUCCAAGGGGACGAAAUGAUCGAGGUGAGCUGA